AUUAGACCAAGAAAAAAGGAAUUCAGCAAUGCCAAGUGGAGCCGGCGAUCUAGAAGCUUCCACCCCCACCGAUGAUAAAGGACCGUUGGAAAAUCUGCGAGAAAUUCACCAGAAAGCGUUAGAUGACCUUGUGAACGUGAACUCGCUCUUCACGCUGGCCGUCUUCGUGGGGUUAUCGAUGGCACGUCAAGGCGAGCGUAGCCUCGAGAACCGCACUGAAUGCGACGCGGAUGUGGGGAACGCGAGGCGGCUGGUGGUGAACGAAGUGGUGUCGUUCGCUUGCUUCCUGUUGUCGAGCCUGGUAGCCAAGGCACUUAAAAUCCAUGUCACCAUUUGCCAAGAAGAGGACUUCAAGAAUACCCGUAACCAGAGUGUGAGAUUCUCAAUGCUGAUGUUGUCGGUGUGGGCGUCGGUUUUCGGAUGCAUAUUCCUUACGGUAUCCAUGGUGGAUGUGAUCCAAAUCAAGGUGGGAAAGCUUUCUUGUAGGAGUGUCCAUGCAUGGAGGGCUGCCGGAGCACUGAUUGCCAUUGUGCUCCUUGCGCUUUCUAUUUACGUCCCCUUUAUGAUGACUGCAAUAUUCACUUCCGUCAGGAAUGUUCAAAGAAAAGUAGACAAGAAAUAAUCAUUAACAAUGAUCAUCAUCAUCAUCAUGUUCAAAUAUGCAAUAUUUCUUCUUUGUUUCUUAAAUAAAAGUGUGGAACUCGCUUAGGUAAAAGGGUUCAAAUGGAGAGGAUCUAAAGAGUCCAUUUUUUAUAUAAUUGAAGUGUUUUUUUUUUUUAA